GCCUAGGGGGUCGGAGAAUAAAACCUGUGAGAUACUAUGGCGCGUACGAAGCAAACCGCCCGCAAGUCGACCGGUGGCAAGGCCCCGCGGAAGCAGCUGGCCACCAAGGCGGCUCGCAAGAGCGCGCCGGCCACGGGCGGCGUCAAGAAGCCGCAUCGUUAUAGGCCGGGCACCGUGGCCCUGCGGGAGAUUCGGCGCUACCAGAAGUCGACCGAGCUACUAAUCCGCAAGCUGCCGUUCCAGCGGCUGGUGCGCGAGAUCGCGCAGGACUUUAAGACCGAUCUGCGCUUCCAGAGCUCGGCCGUGAUGGCGCUGCAGGAGGCGAGCGAGGCCUACCUGGUGGGGCUGUUUGAAGACACGAACCUGUGCGCCAUCCACGCCAAGCGCGUGACCAUCAUGCCCAAAGACAUCCAGCUGGCUCGCCGCAUCCGCGGGGAGCGGGCUUAAGGCGUACAUUUUAAAGUAGACGAUCUAAAGGCUCUUUUUAGAGCCA